CAUUCGAACCCUACUCAUUGUCCUGAGGUAGACCUACCUCUGCUCAACACUAGAGGACUCUUUAGAGACAUUGGGAGAGACACUAUGUCAGGGGACGCAUACCUGAGGUUGCUCUCUAUAGUAGCCUAUUCAUGUGUUCUCAACACUGAGGCUUAUUCAGGAGGUUUUCCACUCACUCUUCCUGACUGGAGGUCAAAUGCAGAUUAUUUUGCAAAGUGUGAUAUUGGCAGUGAUUUGCCGGCAUCCUGCGAUUGGACUUCUGAGGGACCCAUCAGCGCUCAGACGGCAACAGAGGAAACAUCUCUCCAUCCUGAGAGUCCAUCUGGUGUGUUCCGCCUCAAGAGUGGAUUUCUUAAGAUUUCAGAAGACUCCUGUCUAGAGUUCUGGUACCAUAAACCUAACAAGAAGAUUUCUGAACUCAAAGUUUUGCUAGAGGGUGAUAUUCUGCAAACAUUGAUUUGGACCUCAGAGACAUCUAGCACUGGAGAUUGGAGACAAGUCUUCAUCCCUCUCACAAAGCAGUCUGACAAAGACAACAUCCAGGUUGUUUUUGAGCUAUUAAAAGCUCUGCAAGACGAUGAACAAACUGCCUUUGACAGAAUAGGAAUACGGAAAGGACAAUGUGGGCCACAGUGUCAGCAAGGAGGCACAUUUUGGACUGAUAAAAGCACUCGCUGCACUUGCACUGAAGAGCAACUCAUCUGUUCUCACAUCCCUCGGUCCAAAGAUACUUUUGGCACCUGCCAUGUGGCCUCUGACCCAUACUAUACUACUUUUGAUGGGGUCAGCUUCCAAUUUGAGAGUCCUUGUACCUACCUCUUGUCAAAGGUCUGCGAUGACUCAGGGUUGCUUCCUGAGUUUGCAGUGGAGGUGCAAAAUGAGAAUAAAGGGGACUCGCACAUAUCCUCCAUUCAGAAGGUGAACAUCAAUGUACAUGGUCUGAGAGUGACCAUGGUGAGAACAGAGAGGAGCAAAGUCAUGGUUAAUGGGAUUUGGAAGAAUCUCCCUCUACACCUGCAAGGAAACAGAGUUACGGUUAAUGCCCAGGGAGAUGCUUUGGUCCUUCAGACAGACUUCAAACUGUCCAUCUUCUACUUGAGAUCCGGUGCCAUACAGGUGAUUGUCCCCAGCCAAUACUCAAACAGAAUCUGUGGCAUGUGUGGCAACUUUAACCACGAGACAGAAGAUGACUUCAAGAUCCCAGACGGGUACCUGGUGCAGGACACGCAUGUUUUAGGGCAGAGCAUGUGUGGGGAACCCACCCUCCUCAGUGUCUGUACAGAUGCAGAGGAACAGAAGUAUGCCAGCGAGGUUUACUGCGGCAUUCUAACAUCCAGACAAGGGCUAUUCUCAACGUGCUCAUCUGUUCUGAAUGCAGACAGUUUCUUCCGAAGCUGCAUGUUCGACAUGUGUACAACUCACGGAGAUCCUGCAGCCCUCUGCAAUGCCAUUGAGGCCUUCAGUGCCACCUGCGACAAAGUUGGGAUCUCUGUUCUGGCCUGGAGGAACACAACAUUCUGUCCUGUGGCGUGUGGCCCUCACAGCCACUAUAACUCAUGUACCAGCGGCUGCCCUAAGACCUGCUCCAGCCAGGAUGCUACAGGGUCUUGUGGGAUAUGUGAGGAGAGCUGUGAGUGUGACGAUGGCUUCAUGCUCAGUGGAGGAGCAUGCGUAUUAGCUGAAGACUGUGGAUGCUGGGCUAAUGGACAGCAUUAUUUGAUCAGAGAGACAUUUAUGGAGGGUGAAUGUGAGCAGCAGUGCCAGUGUUUGGGCAAUGGGAAGAUUCAAUGUUCACCUACGUCCUGCAAAACUGAUGAAGUAUGCAUGGUUAAGGACGGAGUUUUGGGCUGCUUUCCAUCCAGCCCGGUGACCUGCAGCGCCUACGGUGACCCCCAUUACAUCACUUUCGAUGGCAAGGCGUACUCCUUCUGGGGCACCUGCAACUACACCAUAGCAAAAACCUGCGGGGCUACUGACACCCAGUUCACAAUAACGGCACGAAAUGAGGGACAGAACAACUCUGCAACUUCCUCUCUUAACUCUGUAGCUCUUGAUAUGGAAGGCCUACAUAUUGUCAUUGGAAAGAACAAGCAGGUUUAUGCAAACGGUGGUCAGGUUCGCCUCCCUGCGGAGUUUGGUUCCUCUGUGUCUGUGUUUCAGUCGGGACCCUACGCUCAGGUUAAUACAAACUUCGGUCUGAGGCUGCUGUUUGGAAACGCCAGGCUCUUCGUCCAGGUGGAUGAACGCUACAGAGGAGUAUUGUGCGGCCUGUGCGGUACAUACUCCGGGAGUCAGUUUGACGACUUUCUGACACCCGAGGGCAACACAGUAGCGAAUCCCCACGAGUUCGCCAGGAGCUGGAAAACCAACGACAGCGACUGGACUUGCAGUAAUGGCUCUCCAGACCCCCCUGAGUGUCACCCAGACCUAGAGGAUGAUGCAUAUACAAAGUGCAGUGAACUGUUUGAAGAUGCUUUCAAAGAGUGCCACUGGUUUGUUCCACCACAGAUUUAUGUCAGCAGCUGCGUUUCUGAUUACUGUAUUUCCAAAGGUGACAAAGCUCAGCUCUGCACCUCUUUGGAGGACUAUGUGUCUGCUUGUGAAAUAGCUGAGGUGUUUCUGCCAGACUGGAGGAAUCACACCUUGUGUUUUGCCGAUCCACUGCCAACAGAGGACCCCACACCAACUCCAUCUGCAGCAAGUUGCCCAUGGAGCUGUGACUUUGACCAGGAUGAAUGUGACUGGGAACAACUUAUCCAAGACAGUUUUGAUUGGACCAGAUGGUCAGGGUCAACGCCAUCAAACUUCACUGGGCCAGCCGGUGACCACACCACAGGAAGUGGCUAUUACAUGUAUAUUGAGGGGGAUAGUGUUUUUUAUGGCGACUCAGCCCGAAUAAUGAGCCCCGUCUGCCACACUACUGGCAAGCAGUGUUUGAGCUUCUGGUUUCACAUGUAUGGCAUGGCAAAUGCUAUGUUACUCAACCUCUACAUAUUUGAGAACAAUCGUGCCUCGAAAAUAUGGUCUAGAACUAACAACCAGGGCAACAGCUGGUACCAAGGCCAGGUUGAAAUCAAGCCACAACACCCAUUCCAGAUCAUCAUUGAAGGCAUCAGGGGCUCAAAUCCUCGCUCAGAUGUUUCCAUAGAUGAUGUGUCCAUAAUGCAUGGUGCAUGUGACCAUUUGUCUGCAGAAGAUUUGGACUUGACCACUCUGGCACCCCAUCCAUCUACUCCAAACUUAAAUGACCCCCAUCCAAAUUGCAGUAUGAACUGUGAUUUUGAAAGCGACAUCUGCAGUUGGACUCAGAUGGUGACUGAUGUUUUUGAUUGGACAAGACACAAAGGCUCCACCCCCACAUCAAUGACUGGUCCCUCCUCUGACCACACAACAGGAAGUGGGUUUUAUAUGUACAUUGAGGGUGACACUGCUCUCCAUGGCGAUACGGCCCGUCUCCUCAGUGCAGAAUGUGCUGAUCCUCAACCUCAGUGUCUUCAGUUCUGGUACCACAUGUAUGGCUCCAGCUGGACCAUGGGACUGAGCGUCUACCUGCUGCAGCAUGGCAAUGUGGCCAAAGAGGUGUGGGGAAUGAGAGAAGACCAAGGAAACAUGUGGCAUCUUGCACGGGUGGACCUGAGACCAGAUGUCAAGUUCCAGGUGAUCUUUGAGGGGCGUAGAGGAAGCUCAGCCCGGUCAGAUGUUGCCGUUGAUGACGUCUCACUGCACAGAGGAGCCUGUAGUGAUUUACCAAACGACAUGGCUUCACCUUCAGUCCCACUGACAAAACCUUUACCCAUCCAAAGUAGAGAAAUUCCAAAUGCUUUAGAUUCUUGUAGCAUCAGCUGUGAUUUUGAAAGAGACAUUUGUGCUUGGACUCAGUUGGCGACUGAUGUUUUUGAUUGGACAAGACACAGAGGCUCCACCCCCACAUCAAUGACUGGUCCCUCCUCUGACCACACAACAGGAAGUGGGUUUUAUAUGUACAUUGAGGGUGACAGUGCUGUCCAUGGCGAUACGGCCCGUCUCCUCAGUGCAGAAUGUGCUGACCCUCAACCUCAGUGUCUUCAGUUCUGGUACCACAUGUAUGGCUCCAGCUGGACCAUGGGACUGAGCGUCUACAUGUUGCAAUAUGGCAAUGUGGCCAAAGAGGUGUGGAGAAUGAGAGAAGACCAAGGAAACAUGUGGCAUCUUGCACGGGUGGACCUGAGACCAGAUGUUAAGUUCCAGGUGAUCUUUGAGGGGCGUAGAGGAAGCUCAGCCCGGUCAGAUGUUGCCAUUGAUGACGUCUCACUGCACAGAGGAGCCUGUAGUGAUUUACCAAACCAGGUGGCUCCACCUUCAGUUCCACUGCCACCAGCUGCAACAAUGCCACAACCUGCACCCAUCCAAACUGCAGAAAUACCAAACACCUCAGCUUCUUGUGGCAUCGACUGUGAUUUUGAAAAAGACAUUUGCACUUGGACUCAGUUGGCGACUGAUGUUUUUGAUUGGACAAGACACAGAGGCUCCACCCCCACAUCAAUGACUGGUCCCUCCUCUGACCACACAACAGGAAGUGGCUUUUAUAUGUACAUUGAGGGUGACAGUGCUGUCCAUGGUGAUACGGCCCGUCUCCUCAGUGCAGAAUGUGCUGAUCCUCAACCUCAGUGUCUUCAGUUCUGGUACCACAUGUAUGGCUCCAGCUGGACCAUGGGACUGAGCGUCUACCUGCUGCAGCAUGGCAAUGUGGCCAAAGAGGUGUGGAGAAUGAGAGAAGACCAAGGAAACAUGUGGCAUCUUGCACAGGUGGACCUGAGACCAGAUGUUAAGUUCCAGGUCAUCUUUGAGGGGCGUAGAGGAAGCUCGGCCCGGUCAGAUGUUGCCGUUGAUGACGUCUCACUGCACAGAGGAGCCUGUAUCGAUUUACCAAACAAUGUGGCUCCACCUUCAGUCCCAUUGACAAAACCUGUACCCAUCCAACGUAGAGAAAUUCCAAAUGCUUCAGAUUCUUGUAGCAUCAGCUGUGAUUUUGAAAGAGACAUUUGUGCUUGGAUUCAGUUGCCGACUGAUGUUUUUGAUUGGACAAGACACAGAGGCUCCACCCCCACAUCAAUGACUGGUCCCUCCUCUGACCACACAACAGGAAGUGGGUUUUAUAUGUACAUUGAGGGUGACAGUGCUGUCCAUGGCGAUACGGCCCGUCUCCUCAGUGCAGAAUGUGCUGACCCUCAACCUCAGUGUCUUCAGUUCUGGUACCACAUGUAUGGCUCCAGCUGGACCAUGGGACUGAGCGUCUACCUGCUGCAGCAUGGCAAUGUGGCCAAGGAGGUGUGGAGAAUGAGAGAAGACCAAGGAAACAUGUGGCAUCUUGCACGGGUGGACCUGAGACCAGAUGUUAAGUUCCAGGUGAUCUUUGAGGGGCGUAGAGGAAGCUCAGCCCGGUCAGAUGUUGCCAUUGAUGACGUCUCACUGCACAGAGGAGCUUGUAGUGAUUUACCAAAUCAGGUGGCUCCACCUUCAAUCCCACUGCCGCAACCUGCACCAAUCCAACAUAGAGAAAUUCCAAACGCUUCAGCUUCUUGUAGCAUCAGCUGUGAUUUUGAAAGAGACAUUUGCACUUGGACUCAGUUGGUGACUGAUGUUUUUGAUUGGACAAGACACAGAGGCUCCACCCCCACAUCAAUGACUGGUCCCUCCUCUGACCACACAACAGGAAGUGGCUUUUAUAUGUACAUUGAGGGAGACAGUGCUGUCCAUGGUGAUACAGCCCGUCUCCUCAGUGCAGAAUGUGCUGACCCUCAACCUCAGUGUCUUCAGUUCUGGUACCACAUGUAUGGCUCCAGCUGGACCAUGGGACUGAGCAUCUACCUGCUGCAGCAUGGCAAUGUGGCCAAGGAGGUGUGGAGAAUGAGAGAAGACCAAGGAAACAUGUGGCAUCUUGCACGAGUGGACCUGAGACCAGAUGUCAAGUUCCAGGUGAUCUUUGAGGGGCGUAGAGGAAGCUCAGCCCGGUCAGAUGUUGCCAUUGAUGACGUCUCACUGCACAGAGGAGCCUGUAGUGAUUUACCAAAUCAGGUGGCUCCACCUUCAGUUCCACUGCCGCCAGCUGCAACAAUGCCACAACCUGCACCCAUCCAAACUGCAGAAAUACCAAACACCUCAGCUUCUUGUGGCAUCAGCUGUGAUUUUGAUAGAGACAUUUGUGCUUGGACUCAGUUGGCGACUGAUGUUUUUGAUUGGACAAGACACAGAGGCUCCACCCCCACAUCAAUGAGUGGCCCCUCCUCUGACCACACAACAGGAAGUGGAUUUUAUAUGUACAUUGAGGGUGACAGUGCUGUCCAUGGCGAUACGGCCCGUCUCCUCAGUGCAGAAUGUGCUGAUCCUCAACCUCAGUGUCUUCAGUUCUGGUACCACAUGUAUGGCUCCAGCUGGACCAUGGGGCUGAGCGUCUACCUGCUGCAAUAUGGCAAUGUGGCCAAGGAGGUGUGGAGAAUGAGAGAAGACCAAGGAAACAUGUGGCAUCUUGCACGGGUGGACCUGAGACCAGAUGUCAAGUUCCAGGUGAUUUUUGAGGGGCGUAGAGGAAGCUCAGCCCGGACAGAUGUUGCCAUUGAUGACGUCUCACUGCACAGAGGAGCCUGUAGCGAGAUCACUUUGUCGGACACGUAUGGAAAUUCUGACAGUAUAAGAGAAAAUAACAUGAUGAAGUCAAACGAGGAGGUGGCAAAGAAAGAAAGCUGGAAACCAACAGAUGACAAAAUCACAGCAAGACGGAGGCGGUCCCUGCUGUUUAGGGAACGUUCUCGGGCUUGAGCUGAAACACUACGAGGCAAACCAUUAGCUGAAAGCACCUGUCAUCUGUCAAUAUGAACCCACUCAACAGCUACUCAGACCAGUUUUAGCAAGAUCAUUUGCUGUGUUGUUUUCAUAGGAAGUAUCUAUCACCUCUAACAUAGUCAUUUCAUAUUAUGAUUUAAACAUAACACCAUUGAAAGGUGUUUUCCCCUAAUAUCACAGUGAUUUUUCUUCCUCAAGUUCACGUCUCCUAGCAGAGUAACCACAUUACAUUAACUAUGAGACCUUUACACUAAUGUUUAAACAUCCAUAGAAUGUCCAAAAACUUAUUUUAAUUUUCAACAAUUAAUCUAUUGUUUUAUCAUUCAUAAAACUAGCUAACUUCUUUAUGAUUGAUGUUUUAUGUGCAUGCAUGUUAUCUGUGAGUCAGUGUUUUUGUCUUUCAUUUAAUAAACAUUAAUUUCAUUCAGUAAA